GCCCAUUCCUAUAAACUCACAAUAAAAUACUCCGCAGCAAACACUCACCCCCACAACACACACUGGGCUUAUAACCAACACGCUUUCUCCCUGUGUCCUUGCUCCUUGUCUGGUUGCGUUGCCUAUUGCCUCUGUUUAAAGCAUUUCUGCUGAAGAGGGUGCUUAAGAGGAGAAUUGGGAUUCUGGGAUUUGUCUUUUUUCUUUUCUUUUUGUGAUAAAGCAGAAAACUUUGAGCUCUUUUUUGAUCUACUGAAUUGCGGGUUCUGUUUGAAAUUUGGAAAUUUGGGUUCUGUUUGAAUUUUGGUGUUUCUUGAAAACUCUGAUUCUGAGAUGGAGAGAGACUUCUUGGGAUUGAAUUUAAAGGACUCUGUUAUUGUUGUCAAGGAAGAAGCUGUUGAAGGCUUCAAGGACUCUGGGUUGGUCAGAAGUUCCGGAGUUCCAUGGCCAUUAUCAAACAAGGUGUCUGCCCUUGCUCCUUUCGUGCCCUUUAAAACUUCCCAUGAUGAGAAGAUGCCAAAAGUCAAUUCUGAUCACCUUGCAUCUUCUGGGUAUAUGGUAAUGUCUUCUGCCGAUGCUUUUGAUAUCAAACGACAAUCUGGUGAAGCUCAGAACAUCCAUCAUGUGCAUCUUACUCAUGAUGCUAAGAUGCUUCCAAUUUGCAUGAGCAACCCUUUCCUGAAGACUCAUUUUGCUGGUGCUGGUCAGAACUUGGCUGGUGCUAGUUUAAAGCAGCAGUUCAUUGGAGGUGUGCCUGUUGCAGCUCCUUGUUCAUUUGUUGCUUCUAGUAGUUUUGUGGCAGGGACAACUGAACCAUGGUUCAGUACCAAGGCUUCUGGGGGUGCUGCUCAGUUAACUAUUUUUUAUGGAGGGACAGUGAAUGUCUUUGAUGAUAUCACUCCUGAGAAGGCUCAGGCUGUAAUGCUUUUGGCCGGAAAUGCAUGUAACAUGGCACAAACAAGGCUUCCAGUUCAGCCACCUGCCUCCAAGUUUGCAAGCGGAGAUGCUGCUUUUGUGAACCAAACCAUACACCCACAAUCUAGCUCUGCCCUUUCAAGCCCAAUUUCUGUUUCUUCCCAUCCGGUUGGCCAGUCAGGUGUUGGUUCUAGUAACAAUGAUGAAUUGAAGGUUUCUAAAACUGCAGGCAUGUCAACAAAUCUUGUGAACAAAGUGGAACCUUUAAAUAUGGUGGCUUCACUUGGACCUGUUACUUCCACAACCAUGAUUCCAUCAGGUUUUGUGUGCAGCUGUUCCACAGGCUCGUAAAGCAUCCUUGGCUCGGUUUUUGGAGAAGCGUAAGGAAAGGGCACUGAACUCAUCACCAUACAAUCCCAAUAAAAAAUCUGCUGGCUGUAGCAUCCCAGAUUCCAUCAUCGCCGGUUCCCCUGCAGCCUCCAUUGCUGGCUCUAGCUUGCUGUCUACCAGCAAUGAGAUGCCAUGAUGGCUCGUCGAUGAAUUGGAAUCCUUGGUAUAGUAAUAUAUAAAUUUCUGUAGCAAAGUAAAACGCUAAGCAAUUAGUUUUGGCUAUCCUCUCAAAGUCUUAUUUGUAAUUUUGAACUUUGUCUAACUUGUAAUCCAGUUUAGUCUUACUAGACUGGUGUAGCUUUUAUUUAUUCCACUACUCUUCUUUUGCAGUAUAGGUUUUUCCAUCUGCAAACUUAAGAGCUGGUUGUAUUAAUCAACUGUAUUGCUUUUAUUAAUUUUUACACAUAUAUAAAUUAGUAUACA